CUAAAAUUCUUAUUAAAAUUUUCAGAUAUUUCGGCUUUUGAUUAAUCAAAGCCCAAAUGCUACUACAUGACGCAAACGACCCCCACGAUUCCACGUUUCUCUCAGAUCGCAAAGAAUAUUAUCUUACAGCGCAGAUUCAGCUAGCUUCCGUCUCUUCUUACUUCCGUGUUUUCACCGGCUUCAGCCCAAGACUUCUGUGAGAGCUUUUGAUCCAUGGCGUCCCUUAGUUUGACUCAGAUCAGGAGCAAGAACUCGAUGGCUGACUUCGCCAGGCCUCGUCCGAGGACCACCUGGGCUCGUCCGAAUAGAGUUGGUUUGAAGGUGUUUGCGUCUUCAGAGGCUCGGGCAGAGCCCGAUCUUAGUGUGACUGUCAAUGGGUUGCGCAUGCCCAACCCGUUCGUUAUUGGGUCUGGCCCUCCGGGGACUAACUACACCGUCAUGAAGAGAGCCUUUGAUGAGGGAUGGGGUGCUGUGAUUGCCAAAACUGUAUCACUAGAUGCUGCCAAAGUUAUAAAUGUGACCCCUCGGUAUGCGCGACUACGAGCAGGUGCAAAUGGCUCUACCAAAGGGCAAAUUAUUGGAUGGGAGAACAUAGAACUCAUAAGUGAUCGUCCUCUUGAAACAAUGUUGAAAGAAUUCAAGAAAUUAAAAGAAGAGUAUCCAGACAGGAUUCUCAUUGCUUCAAUUAUGGAGGAGUAUGAUAAAGCUGCUUGGGAGGAACUUAUCGAUAGAGUUGAGCAAACUGGAAUUGAUGCCAUAGAGAUCAAUUUCUCAUGUCCCCAUGGUAUGCCAGAGCGCAAAAUGGGUGCUGCUGUUGGGCAGGAUUGUGCACUUUUAGAAGAGGUUUCUGGGUGGAUUAAUGCAAAAGCUACAGUUCCUGUUUGGGCAAAGAUGACUCCUAACAUCACUGAUAUAACACAGCCAGCUAGGGUGGCUCUAACAUCAGGAUGCGAGGGGAUAUCUGCUAUUAACACAAUCAUGAGUGUAAUGGGAAUAAAUCUUGACAACUUACGUCCAGAGCCUUGUGUUGAGGGAUACUCAACUCCAGGGGGCUACUCUUCAAAGGCAGUCCAUCCUAUUGCUCUUGCAAAAGUGAUGAAUAUUGCAAAAAUGAUGAAGUCAGAAUUUGGUGAUAAAGACUUGUCGCUUUCUGGUAUUGGAGGUGUUGAGACUGGUGGAGAUGCUGCAGAGUUUAUUCUUCUUGGAGCAAAUACGGUUCAGGUCUGUACUGGGGUUAUGAUGCAUGGGUAUGGCCUUGUGAAGAAACUAAGUGAUGAGCUGAAGGAUUUUAUGAAAGCACACAAUUUCUCUUCAAUAGAGGAUUUCAGGGGGGUUUCUCUUCAGUACUUCACAACUCAUACGGAUUUGGUACAAAGGCAACAAGAAGCAAUUCAACAGAGGAAAGCUAUAAGAAAGGGUUUAAAAUCUGACAAAGACUGGACGGGAGAUGGCUUUGUGAAAGAGAGUGAGAGCAUGGUUUCUAAUUGAGUACUUGUACAACAGUUAGCUCUGUAUGACUAAAAAUAAAAUGGUGCAUUCCUCUCACUUCCUGCUGGCAAGUUGCUAGUCGUGUAAAAGAACUUUUCUCAGAUGUGUUAAUAGUUCAAAAGCAUAUAAUGAAAUGAAGAUUGUGCAAGAGUUACAUGACA